ACGUCUCUCACGCACUAGUUACGUCUGACCGUAAAAAAUAGAAACUUCCAAGAUGGCUGAGUCCGUGGACUCCAUGCAUUUCGCAGCAAAUAGCAAAACAAAUUCCCCUAAACCCUUGAUACCUAAACGGCCGCCCGAGAGCAGGCCACAGUCUUCCAGUGAUAUUUACUCACCACCCUCAAAGAAAGUCCGAAUCGAGGAGAAGAGCUUGAAACACAAGAAACUAAACGGAGAUGUCUGCGCAGGGGAAAAACACAACGGGAAGCAGAGUUAUGGAAGCCCAGCGAAAUGGAGUUUCGGCCCGGCCAAGGCGAGCAACUCCAGCGCGCCAGCUCCCGCUCGAAAAAUAUUCAAGAUCAGCAACUUCCUUGCAUCGCCCCAUAAAGUAAAAAAGGCAAAAGAUAAACGGCAUAAAGAUAAGGACCAAACCUUACAAACGCAGAGUUCCCCUAUCGCUAUGGAGAAAGUGAGCCCUGCUAGUUGCCAUACAAAGACGGAGAACGGUGACGUGCAAGUGUUUAAAAAAGAACAUCGCGUUAAAGACAACGAAAGAGACAAGAAAAAAGAGAAGGAUAAGGAGUUAAAUCAUAAUUUACCUGUGAAUGACAUUGGCAGUGAGAAUGGAGAAGUGAUUUCACAGCAGAAAGAGCCUGUUGAGUCGAAGGAGAUACUUCAACCCACGUCGGAAGAAGAGAUGCUGCUUAAGAAACUGAAGAAGAAGAAGAAAAAGAAACACAAAGAUGGUGAGCGGGAGAAGACCAGGCACAGUCGCCCUAAAAUGUACCACCGGUCGAGUCAGACGGUUUGUGCCGGUGUCUCUCUUGAAUUACCAGACUUCCUAACCAAGAUCAACGGAAACAGCAGCAAUAGCUUACGGCACAACACAGCCGCCCCACACCAAGACCACCUCCUGGACUCUGCCCUGGCUCCCACUGCCGCCAUGGCGCAGGAGAGGCUGGGCUUCAGCCCUCCUCUUCAGUGUGCCCCAUCGUCAUCACCGGUCCUGGAAGGCUUGGAAUUUGCCCGUCUGAUCCACGUGGAGCAGCAGGCGAACGGAGGGGCGUCGGUGGCGCACACCUACACAGAGCACCUGGCCCACCUCUCCCCGGCUGAGAUGCAGCGCUUUGCGCAGGAGUUUGUCACGCUGUCCUUCAGCGAGGACCAGGACCAGGCGGCACACUUUGUCAUGGGAAUCAUUCACGGAGCAGCGUCCUACCUCCCAGACUUCCUGGAUUACUUCUCCUACAAUUUCCCCAACUCGCCGGUGAAGAUGGAGGUCCUCGGCAAGAAGGACAUCGAGACGACCACCAUGGCAAACUUCUGCUCUCAGGUGAAGCGGACCUACUCCCAGGGAACGUACCGCGCAGGGGCCAUGAGGCAGGUCAGCCUGGUGGGGGCUGUGGACGAGGAGGUCGGGGAUUACUUCCCAGAGUUCAUCAGCAUGCUGGCGGACUCCCCCUUCUUGGAGAGGACACUGCCCUGGGGCACCUUCUCAAGCCUCCGUCUCCAGAGCCCCACGGAGAGCGACGACGGGCCCAUCAUGUGGGUCCGACCUGGAGAACAAAUGAUCCCAAUGGCAGACAUGCCGAAGUCCCCCUUCAAGAGGAAAAGCAGAUCCACCAAUGAGAUAAAGAACCUGCAGUACCUGCCGCGGGCCAGCGAGCCCAGGGAAAUGCUUUUUGAGGACCGGACCAGAGCCCACGCCGACCACAUCGGCCAGGGCUUCGAAAGACAGACCACAGCCGCCGUGGGCGUCUUAAAGGCAGUCCGCUGUGGAGAGGGCGGUGAUGGGCCGGCCCGGAUCACCAAAGAUGUGGUGUGCUUCCAUGCCGGAGAUUUCCCUGAUGUGGUCAUGAGGCUACAGCUCGACCUCCAUGAACCGCCGCUGUCUCAGUGUGUGCAGUGGAUCGACGAUGCCAAGCUGAACCAGCUGAGGAGAGAGGGAAUACGCUACGCUCGCAUCCAGCUCUACCACGACGACAUCUACUUCAUACCCAGGGGAGUGGUCCACCAGUUCAAAACGGUGUCGGCCGUCUGCAGCCUAGCCUGGCACAUCCGCCUCCGGCAGUAUCACCAAGAGGAAGAGGAGGAGAAGGGGGAAGAUGAGACGCUCACGCCGACACGGUCGCCGCUUCGACUCGAUGAGGAAGAGGACGACGAAGAUAAUGACGAUGAUGGCGAGGAGGAGGAGGAGGACGACGACGACGACGACGAGAGAGAUAGGACAAAGGACUGUCACGCUCGUUCGAAGAUGUCACCAGACUUUGGUGACAGAAGAAGAGAGGGCUGGAGGGACCCCUCUUCGCAAGGACACACGGGGGUCUACAAGGAGGAAGAGGUGGAGACGGACGGGAAGCCGCCAGCAGACGACUGCUCGCCCACGCCCAGUCUAGACCUCAUCAAGAAGGAGAGGGAGGAUGGUCUGCUUGCAGAGAGCCUAAUGGAGGUUACACCCAAAAAGGAGAAUGGGGAGGGGGUUGGGGGAGGCCAGGGAGAGGCCAGGGAUGCAGCCACUCGGACACUAUAUAAAGGGGUAGUAGAGGAAGGAGAGGCUGGUGCUCCCUGGACGCUACAGCACAUCAAAAAAGAGCAAGAUGUGAUAGAGGAGAGGCCGCAGAAGCCUACUCUCAAAGAGGAGAGGCCGCAGAAGCCUACUCUCAAAGAGGAGAGGCCGCAGAAGACUACUCUCAAAGAGGAGAGGACGCAGAAGCCUACUCUCAAAGAGGAGAGGACGCAGAAGCCUACUCUCAAAGAGGAGAGGACGCAGAAGCCUACUCUUAAAGAGGAGAGGCCGCAAAAGCCUUCUCUCAAAGAGGAGAGGCCGCAGAAGCCUACUCUAGCAGAGGACAGGCAGCAGAAGCCUACUCUGGCAGAGGACAGGCAGCAGAAGCCUACUCUGGCAGAGGACAGGCAGCAGAAGCCUACUUUCACAGAAGAUAGGCCGCAGAAGCCUACUUUCACAGAAGAGAGGCCGCAGAAGCCUACUCUGGCAGAAGAGAGGCAGCAGAAGCCUACUCUGGCAGAAGAGAGGCUGCUACAAAGCCCGGGUGUGAGAGAGAAAGCUAGAGAGGAUUGUACAGGCACUUGCGUACCAUCAACACCAGUCAGAAAGGAUAAGGAAAAGGUAAGGGCCAAAGAUAAAGAGGAGAGGGAGAAGGGGAAAGACAGGGAGAAGAAGGAAAAAGAGAGGGGGAAAGAGAAGGAGCGGGAUAAGAAAGACAGGCCCAAGGACCGGGAGAGAGACAAGGAGAGGGUCAGGGAGAGGGAGAAAACCAAACCUGUGGGUGUGACCUUGACACACCCACUGAUCCAAGUCAAGAAGAAGGAGGAGGACGGGACGCGAGAGGGCAGUGGUCACUCAACGCUCCCCUUUCAGAAGGAGGACAGGGGGUCCAAAGAGCCUGAGUCGGCCUCCAAAGCGCCGUCUCAGGUCAAGAGAGACAAGGAGCAUGACAAAGAGCGGCCCAGCGCUCCGCCUCACACCAGGCCGGAGAGGGAGGACUCUAAAGAGGGCAGCUUGCAUCGACACAAGCCCUCCCACGGGAAGAAGGAGAAGAGCAGCCACAGGGAAGGGAAGGACAGCCAAGCCCGGAGCAAGACGGCCAGAGAGGACGGAAAGCCAGGCCCCCUCAAACAAAGUCACGUCAAGAAGGAGGGAAAGAAGGACAAGGAAAUCAACAACAAGGAAGAGCGAAAGAAGACCAACGCCGCUCAGGGUUUUGCUCCGCCGCCCGACCACAAACCCACACCACGAACACUCAUCACCUUUGACCUCUUCAAGCCUAUGGACGCUCACCAAACGCUGCCUGUGUCCUACACAGACACGCGAGUCAAGAGUCACCAUCACGGUGAAUCGCGAGGCACGUCCGGCUCCAGGUUCGGAGCGGACAGUCGGACAUUAACGCCCUCAAAAGUACCCAAAGCUAAGGACCCAAAGCAGGCGAAAGCCACGCCGAACUCUGAGUCCCAGCUGUUGUUAAAACAGCCCCUUAAACCACACACCCCCCAAACCCAGAAGGACUUUUUAAUAUGAAUGUCUCAGCGUUUGGUUGUCUUUCUACUGUACAACUUCGCCAAGGCUGUGUGGAAGUGUCAUUUUUUUUAACCGCACCCUUCCUUCAUAUAUGAUCAUGUUCUAAAAUCUGUUUGGCCAAAGGACACAUUCCAUUGGAUAGCUCACACCAACAGUCACUAUGGUGAUCUGAACAGAGGAGGUACUUUAAAUGGGUGCUGAAGCAAGAAUGUAAGUUAAAUAGCAACAUUUUCUGUUGGUUGGCGAAUGUAUGUAGGCUUUUUUAAUCAGUGACCCAUCAACUGUUAGGUACUCAACCAGACCGUCUGCAAACAUCUGGUCUUUCUCUUCUGCUAUAGGAAACCCCAAUGUUUGAAACACUUCAUGCCCCUGAUAGGGAUUUUUUUUUUUACAUAUUGCUGUAGUCUUACCAGUUUUUAGUUUAAACACUUUGAAAUGUUUUCUGACUGGAUUCACUGACUCACAGGGCUGUAAAUACUACUGUACAGUAUAGAUGUAUUAGCAUUAAGGUGAGAAAAUGUAUACAGAUAUUGCAUAUAUUUUUUGUAAGAUGAGUUUUAUUUUCCAUAGAACUUAUUUAUAUCAUUUACUGUCAGUUUUUAUUUGAAACCAAUGUACGUGAGAAUUUUGUAAAUACAUUUUAUUUCCUAAGGUAAGACUUGGUAGUGUGAUUUAUACUCCAAAACUCUCAAUAAAUGGUUCAGAAUAUUUUGUGUGCAUUCUUUGUGUUAAGACAAGUUUUAAAUCGUAGAAGGACCAUGGUAUUUCCAAGAUGAAGGAAAGAUUGAGAGCCUAAUGCCGGCUUCUCCGACGACGCUACUCAAUGCUACAACCAGUAUGUUUUUAAAAUGCCUUUAGGGGUAGGAACGUUUGUUUUUUUUUGGCCAGUGAUGAUUCCAAAUUCUGAGUAUCUCAGGUUGCCAGAUAUUAAAUAAAGGGGCACCGUUUGUGCAGCAUUGGACGUAAAACAAACUAAAUGUAUCCAGAUAUACUAGAUUUGACGCAAGCAAAAAAAGCCUGGUAAAAACCGGUCGAUCGAGAUCUGGCGCUGCAAUUGAUAGAUGGAGAAAGCUUAGAACAGAAGGCUUUCAAGACCGAUGCAGCAUGAACUUGUUUAUAAUAUGCAAACAAUAAAUUGCAAGUGUAUUAACUCAUCUUACAAUGUAGGACUCGUCGCUCAUCAGUGUCGAAAUAUAAUUGCUCUCGUACCAAAUUAUAUUGCAGUCGUGUAGGCAGUGUAACUCAACCUGGCAACCUG